AUGUUAAGACAUAAUGUUGUGCAGAGGAUGGUUGAAGAGGAAAAGCGUGCAGUCGAAGAGAAUGAAAAGCUUAGGAAGAUGUUACUGAAGAAGCCUAAGCAAAGGGAAGAAAAAGGCAUUACCACUUACAAAGACGAUGAAAAAAUCAAGAAAGGGAAAAGGAUCAAUGAUCAGCUCAUCAGAUCCAUAGAAGACUCAAGAAUAUACAUCAUUGUUUUCUCCAAGAACUAUGCGUCUUCAUCGUGGUGCUUAGACGAGCUCGUCAAGAUCAUGGAGUACCACAAAACAACCGGGCGGACUGCUUACUCUGUUUUCUUUAAUGUGGAACCCACCGAAGUCCGCCACCAAAGUGGGGCAAUCAAAGAAGCUUUUGCCAAACAUGAAAAGGAUGAGGCUGCUGAAAUAUGGAGAGAUGCUAUGAAAGAAGCAGCCGAUUUGGCUGGGAGAGAGUUGAAGACGACCUGUGAUGGGCAUGAAGCCAAGUUUAUCCAACAAAUUGUUCAAGACAUUUCACUAGAGUUGCGUUUCGUGAAUUCAAAUUCGAGCAAUGAUGGAAAAUUAAUAGGCAUGGAGACCAGUGUAAAGGAUGUAAUUUCAAAUUUAAAAGAUACUUCUGUUAAUGUUCACAUGAUAGGGACCCUGGGGAUUGGAGGUGGCGGAAAGACGACUUUGGCCAGAGCUGUUUUUGAUCAUAUAUCUGAUUCAUUUGAAGGUAAAAGCUUUGUUGAGAAUGUCAGAGAAGUUUCAAAGGGCUCUGGUAUGAAGGUAUUGCAAGAGCAGAUCCUAAAAGAUGUGUUAAAUGAUCAAAGCCUUGGUGUAACAGGCGUUUAUGAAGGGGUAAACAUGAUGAAAAAAUUGAUGGGUAGUAAAAAGCUACUUGUUGUUUUAGAUGAUGUGGAUGAUACCGAGCAGCUUGAGGCGUUAGCAGGUGAGCAUACUUGGUUUAAGUCAGGAAGUACAAUCAUCAUCACAACAAGAGAUGAGCAUGUGUUGGUAGCCCACGGAGUGAACUUUAUUCAUCAUGUGAUGUAG